GAGCGGCGGGGGAGAGGGGCCGGGAGGCGGGGGCUGUGCCGCCCGCUUACCUCUCCCUCGGCGCCGCCGCCGCCGCCGCCGCCCGCGGGGCUGGGACCCAAUGCGGUUAGAGCCGCGGAGCCUCGAGGAGCCCCAAGCAUUUCUGCUUUGGGACAGCCACGCAUCUAAUUCCUUAAAGUACUUUUAUAUGUAAAACUUGUAAAGGAUCAGAACAAUGCCUCCAAGACCAUCAUCAGGUGAACUGUGGGGCAUCCACUUGAUGCCCCCAAGAAUCCUAGUAGAAUGUUUACUACCAAAUGGGAUGAUAGUGACUUUAGAAUGCCUCCGUGAGGCUACAUUAAUAACUAUAAAGCAUGAACUAUUUAAAGAAGCGAGAAAAUACCCUCUCCAUCAACUUCUUCAAGAUGAAUCUUCUUACAUUUUCGUAAGUGUUACCCAAGAAGCAGAAAGGGAAGAAUUUUUUGAUGAAACAAGACGACUUUGUGACCUUCGGCUUUUUCAACCCUUUUUAAAAGUAAUUGAACCAGUAGGCAACCGUGAAGAAAAGAUCCUCAAUCGAGAAAUUGGUUUUGCUAUUGGCAUGCCAGUGUGUGAAUUCGAUAUGGUUAAAGAUCCAGAAGUACAGGACUUCCGAAGAAAUAUUCUCAAUGUUUGUAAAGAAGCUGUGGAUCUUAGGGAUCUCAAUUCACCGCAUAGUAGAGCAAUGUAUGUCUAUCCUCCAAAUGUAGAAUCUUCACCAGAACUGCCAAAGCACAUAUAUAAUAAAUUGGAUAAAGGGCAAAUAAUAGUGGUGAUUUGGGUAAUAGUUUCUCCAAAUAAUGACAAGCAGAAGUAUACUCUGAAAAUCAACCAUGACUGUGUGCCAGAACAAGUAAUUGCUGAAGCAAUCAGGAAAAAAACUCGAAGUAUGUUGCUAUCAUCUGAACAACUAAAACUCUGUGUUUUAGAAUAUCAGGGCAAGUAUAUUUUAAAAGUGUGUGGAUGUGACGAAUACUUCCUAGAAAAAUAUCCUCUGAGUCAGUAUAAGUAUAUAAGAAGCUGUAUAAUGCUUGGGAGGAUGCCCAAUUUGAUGCUGAUGGCUAAAGAAAGCCUCUACUCUCAACUGCCAAUGGACUGUUUUACAAUGCCAUCUUAUUCCAGACGCAUCUCCACAGCUACACCAUAUAUGAAUGGAGAAACAUCUACAAAAUCCCUUUGGGUUAUAAAUAGUGCACUUAGGAUAAAAAUUCUUUGUGCAACCUAUGUGAAUGUAAAUAUUCGAGACAUUGACAAGAUCUAUGUUCGAACAGGUAUCUACCAUGGAGGAGAACCCUUAUGUGAUAAUGUGAACACUCAAAGAGUACCUUGUUCCAAUCCCAGGUGGAAUGAAUGGCUGAAUUACGAUAUAUACAUUCCUGAUCUUCCUCGUGCUGCUCGACUUUGCCUUUCUAUUUGUUCUGUUAAAGGCCGAAAGGGUGCUAAAGAGGAACAUUGUCCAUUGGCCUGGGGAAAUAUAAACUUGUUUGAUUACACAGAUACUCUAGUAUCUGGAAAAAUGGCUUUGAAUCUUUGGCCAGUACCUCAUGGACUAGAAGAUUUGCUGAACCCUAUUGGUGUUACUGGAUCAAAUCCAAAUAAAGAAACUCCAUGUUUAGAGUUGGAGUUUGACUGGUUCAGCAGUGUGGUAAAGUUUCCAGAUAUGUCAGUGAUUGAAGAGCAUGCCAAUUGGUCUGUAUCCCGAGAAGCAGGAUUUAGUUAUUCCCAUGCAGGACUGAGUAACAGACUAGCUAGAGACAAUGAAUUAAGAGAAAAUGAUAAAGAACAGCUCCGAGCAAUUUGUACACGAGAUCCUCUAUCUGAAAUCACUGAGCAAGAGAAGGAUUUUCUGUGGAGCCACAGACACUAUUGUGUAACUAUCCCUGAAAUUCUACCCAAAUUGCUUCUGUCUGUUAAAUGGAAUUCUAGAGAUGAAGUAGCUCAGAUGUACUGCUUGGUAAAAGAUUGGCCUCCAAUCAAACCUGAACAGGCUAUGGAGCUUCUGGACUGCAAUUACCCAGAUCCUAUGGUUCGAGGUUUUGCUGUUCGAUGCUUAGAAAAAUAUUUAACAGAUGACAAACUUUCUCAGUACCUAAUUCAGCUAGUACAGGUCCUAAAAUAUGAACAGUAUUUGGAUAACCUACUUGUGAGGUUUUUACUCAAAAAAGCAUUGACUAAUCAAAGGAUUGGGCACUUUUUCUUUUGGCAUUUAAAAUCUGAGAUGCACAAUAAAACAGUUAGUCAGAGGUUUGGCCUGCUUUUGGAGUCCUAUUGCCGUGCAUGUGGGAUGUAUUUGAAGCACCUGAAUAGGCAGGUUGAGGCUAUGGAAAAGCUCAUUAACUUAACUGACAUUCUCAAACAGGAGAAGAAGGAUGAAACACAAAAGGUACAGAUGAAAUUUUUAGUUGAGCAAAUGCGGCGACCAGAUUUCAUGGAUGCUCUACAGGGCUUUCUGUCGCCUCUAAACCCUGCUCAUCAGCUGGGAAAUCUCAGGCUUGAAGAGUGUCGAAUUAUGUCCUCUGCAAAAAGGCCACUGUGGUUGAAUUGGGAGAACCCAGACAUCAUGUCAGAAUUACUCUUUCAGAACAAUGAGAUCAUCUUUAAAAAUGGGGAUGAUUUACGGCAAGAUAUGCUAACACUUCAGAUUAUUCGCAUUAUGGAAAAUAUAUGGCAAAAUCAAGGUCUUGAUCUUCGAAUGUUACCUUAUGGUUGUCUGUCCAUUGGUGACUGUGUGGGACUUAUUGAGGUGGUGAGAAAUUCUCACACUAUUAUGCAAAUUCAGUGUAAAGGAGGCCUGAAAGGUGCCCUGCAGUUCAACAGCCACACACUACAUCAGUGGCUCAAAGACAAGAACAAGGGAGAAAUAUAUGAUGCAGCCAUCGAUCUAUUUACACGUUCAUGUGCUGGAUAUUGUGUUGCUACCUUCAUUUUGGGAAUUGGAGAUCGUCACAAUAGUAACAUCAUGGUUAAAGAUGAUGGACAACUGUUUCAUAUAGAUUUUGGACACUUUUUGGAUCACAAGAAGAAAAAAUUUGGUUAUAAACGAGAGCGUGUGCCAUUUGUUUUGACACAAGAUUUCUUAAUAGUGAUUAGUAAAGGAGCCCAAGAAUGCACAAAGACAAGAGAAUUUGAGAGGUUUCAGGAGAUGUGUUACAAGGCUUAUCUAGCUAUUCGGCAGCAUGCCAAUCUCUUCAUAAAUCUUUUCUCAAUGAUGCUUGGCUCUGGAAUGCCAGAACUACAGUCUUUUGAUGAUAUUGCAUACAUUCGAAAGACCCUAGCUUUAGAUAAAACUGAGCAGGAGGCUUUGGAAUAUUUCAUGAAACAAAUGAAUGAUGCACAUCAUGGUGGCUGGACAACAAAAAUGGAUUGGAUCUUCCACACAAUUAAGCAGCAUGCUUUGAACUGAAAUGAUUAAGAAACUGAAAGCUCAGUAUCUGGAUUCUAUACUGCACUGUUAAUAACUGUCAACAGGCAAAGACUGAUUGCAUAGGAAUUGCACAAUCCAUGAACAGCAUUAGAAUUUACAACAGGAACAGAAAUAAAAUACUAUAUAAUUUAAAUAAUGUAAACGCAAACAGGGUUCGAUAGCACUAAAAUAGUUCAUUUCAAAAUUAAGCUUUAGAAUAAUGCGCAAUUUCAUGUUAUGCCUUAAGUCCAAAAAAGGUAAACUUUAAAGAUUGUUUGUAUCUUUUUUUAAAAAACAAAACAAAACAAAAAAAAACCCAAAAUAUAUAGAAAUGAUGGAGAAGGAAAAAGAAUGAUGUUCUUUUUUUGUCUUGCAAAUGUUUUAUGUUUUGAAAUGUGGACACAACAAAAUCUAUUAUUGCAUUAGGUCCAAGUAAACUGGAGUUUGAUGUUAAAUUACACUAAGAUUGGAAAAUAAUGAAAAUUUUUAUUUUUCCAUUGCUGUUCAAUUUAUAGUUUGAAGUGGAUUUUUGACUCCUUGUUUGAUGAAGAAAAAUGCUUGGGGUGUAAGGGACUCUUGAGAUUUCAUCAGAGACUUUUCCUUUUUAAUAAAUCAAACCUUUUGAUGA